GCUCGCCACCACUGCGCCGGCCGCCGCGCUACAACGCUGCACCGCCUACCCUCCCGCACUGUGCCGCAAAGCUGAGCCCUUUGCACCUCCGCCACCAUGGACGAGGACGCCAAGCCCAACAACACUGGCGAGGAGGCCAGCGCCGAGGCCGCUGCUGCCGCGCCGGCCACCACUGCGGCCGAGGCGGCCUCCGCCGGUCCGGAGUCGGACGAUGUGGGGGAUUUAGUGGAGAAGGUGGCGGAGCUGGUGGACGAGAUCGCCGCCAUCUCCGACUUCAGGAACGCGUACCGGAGGCAGUUCUGCAACCUCUCGCGCCGGAUCCGGCUGCUCGCGCCCAUGCUGGAGGAGGCCAAGGAGGGGCCGCGCCCGCUGCCGGAGGCCUCGGUGGCGGCCCUGCGCCAGCUCAGGGACGCGCUCGCCGCCGCCAAGGACCUGCUCCGCCUCGGCAGCACCGGCAGCAAGAUCUUCCUGGUUCUCCAGAGAGACAAAAUAAUGCAGACUUUCCAGGACAUUACCUCGAGGCUUGAACAAGCGUUAGCUGGUAUCUCGUUUGAUGAGCUUGGCAUAUCAGAUGAAGUAAGGGAACAGGUUGAACUGGUCCACGCUCAAUUCAAAAGGGCAAAAGAACGACCUGAUACAUCUGAUGACAUUCUUUUUAAUGAUCUAAUAUCUGUCUACAAUUCAAGCGCCACUGCUAUUGUUGACUCAGAUAUUCUUCGAAGUUUAUCUGAGAAAUUGCAGCUUGUCACCAUAUCUGACCUCAAUCAAGAAUCAUUGACCUUGCAUGAGAUGGCCAGUGGAGGGGACCCUGGCGCGGUUGUUGAGAAUGUUUCAAUGCUUCUGAAAAAGAUCAAGGAUUUUAUGCAGACUCAGGACCCUGUAAUAGGCAUCGCAGAAAGUGCAGCAAACCUUUCCCCAAAUGACAACUCGACGUUUCCUGUUGUUCCAGAUGAUUUCCGCUGCCCAAUAUCCCUUGAUUUAAUGAAAGACCCAGUUAUUGUCUCCACUGGACAGACGUACGAGCGAGGUUGCAUAGAGAGAUGGUUGGAGGCUGGGCAUGACACCUGUCCUAAGACGCAGCAGAAGCUUCCCAAUAAAUCGUUAACUCCAAACUUUGUCCUUCGAAGCCUCAUAGCUCAAUGGUGUGAAGCAAAUGGCGUGGAGCCGCCAAAGCGCCCUGCUCAACAAAGUAAUGCACCGGCAACAUGUACCGCUUCUGAGCAUAGUAAAGUUAUUGAGCUUCUCCAGAAACUGUCAUCCCAGAAUCUUGCAGACCAACGUGCCGCUGCAGGUAUGCUUCGUCAGCUUGCCAAGCGUAGUGCUGAAAAUCGUGCUUGUAUAGGAGAAGCUGGUGCUAUUCCUAUCCUUGUGAGCCUUCUACCAACCACCGAUGUUAGCACUCAGGAACAUGUGGUUACUGCUAUUCUGAAUCUUUCUAUUUACGAAGAAAACAAAGCAAGAAUAGUUACCUCUGGAGCUGUUCCUGGAAUCGUACAUGUGCUGAAGAGGGGCAGCAUGGAAGCCCGGGAGAAUUCAGCUGCCACACUAUUUAGCCUAUCACUUGUGGAUGAGAACAAGGUGAUGAUUGGGGCUUCUGGGGCAAUUCCAGCUUUGGUACUGCUAUUGGGUAAUGGAAGUCAACGCGGUAAAAAGGAUGCAGCAACUGCAUUAUUUAACUUGUGUAUCUAUCAGGGCAACAAAGGUAAAGCUAUCAGAGCUGGAUUGGUCCCGAUACUGCUUGAACUUCUAACAGAGACUGAAAGUGGAAUGGUGGAUGAGGCCCUUGCUAUUCUAGCAAUUCUCUCGAGCCAUCCUGAGGGCAAGGCAGCUAUUAGCUCUGCGGCCGCCAUACCAAUCCUGGUUGGGGUUAUCAGAAAUGGAUCCGCAAGGAACAAGGAGAAUGCAGCGGCUGUUCUAGUGCAUCUCUGCAAUGGAGAACAGCAGCAACAGCAUCUUGCGGAAGCGCAGGAGCAGGGCAUCGUGACCUUGCUGGAGGAGCUAGCAGAGAGCGGCACAGACAGGGGCAAAAGGAAAGCGAUCCAGCUGCUCGAACGGAUGAAUAGGUUCUUAAAGCAGCAGAGCCAAGCCCAGGGAGACGCGAUGGCGCAGGCGCUCGCUCAGGCCCAGACCCCGUCCCAAGCUCUGGUUCAGGCUCUUCUAGCAGAUGCUCAGCUAGAGGAACCACUGCUUCCCAAUUCUUCGCAUCUUCCUGAAAGGUGAUCACCCAUCAGCAUAUUUGGUUCUAGAUAGUGGUUUGUUUUCGGGCUGCCUGUCACUGCCAGUUGGAAGAUCUCCUGCAAUUUCGUAGUCUGGAGGUGUGCGUUUUGUUUGUACAAUGUGGAUCUGGGAGGCAGGAAGACCCGGCAGCUUGAUUUCGGGCCAUGAGCAGGUUGACAAGUCAGUUUUGCAAUCAUGGUGCCGUUAACCCUUGUCAUCUGUACAAUGUCCCAGUGAUUGAACGUAGGAUCCUCGAGUUUUAGCGAGGUGUCGUCGUGGUUGACUGGUUGUGCCCGGUGCCUAGUACAUGACUAAUUUGUGGUUUCCAAGGGUUAUAAUUUUACUUGCCUGACAAAAGGAGGGCUUCAGUAAAGCAUUAGUUCCAAGUUU